CACGCGACUGUUAGCAGCCGUCAGUCGACUCGGAAGCGAAGGACACUUAUUUAAGAGCAUGAAUCUCACAGCCUCUUAACAUUCAUACUGAGUCCAAACUCCUCUCUCUGUCGGUCUGUUCCUUCAGGGGAAACAGGGAGGGACAGGGUCUGGUCCGGAGUCCAUGAGGCCACGUUGGAACAGACAAGCAGGAAGGAAGCCAGAGGAGCUGCAGCUGAGGUGCGAAGGAGAAACAGCUUUCACCUCCUCUUCAUCCACACACCGCUCACAUUGUACCUCAUGGAUGUGGCAGAUUCCUGAGCAGAAAGGAUGACAUCAGAGGCCGCGGUCUCCACACCUGCUGCCAUUAGCAGCACACCCGCCAAGAGGGACUACUACUGGCUUCGCUCCUUCGUAGCUGGAGGUGUGGCAGGAUGCUGUGCCAAAAGCACCAUCGCUCCUCUGGACAGGGUCAAAAUUCUUCUCCAAGCCCACAACCCCCACUACAAACAUCUAGGAGUGUUUUCCACUAUCAAGGCUGUGCCAAAGAAAGAAGGCUUCCUUGGCUUGUACAAGGGUAACGGGGCAAUGAUGGUCAGGAUAUUUCCGUAUGGAGCCAUCCAGUUCAUGGCCUUUGACAAAUACAAAAAGCUGCUACGUAAACAGAUGGGAAUCUCUGGACACAUCCACCGCCUCAUGGCCGGCUCUAUGGCAGGGAUGACCGCGGUGAUAUUCACCUACCCCCUGGAUGUGAUCCGAGCCCGACUGGCCUUCCAGGUGACAGGAGAGCAUCGCUACACCGGCAUUGCCAACGCCUUCCACACCAUCUACCUUAAGGAGGGGGGCGUGUUGGGUUUCUACAGGGGACUUACUCCAACACUUAUUGGAAUGGCCCCUUAUGCAGGGUUCUCGUUCUUCACCUACGGCACCCUGAAGACCCUCGGCUUGAAGCAUUUCCCAGAACGGCUGGGACGCCCCUCCUCGGACAACCCCGACGUCCUCGUCCUGAAGACCCACGUCAACCUGCUCUGCGGAGGCGUUGCUGGUGCCAUCGCUCAGACAAUAUCGUACCCGUUGGAUGUUGCUAGGAGAAGAAUGCAGUUAGGAGCCGUGCUUCCUGACUCUGAGAAAUGCACAUCACUGAGCAAGACCCUGAAGUACGUGUAUAAUGGGUACGGGGUCAAGAAGGGAUUGUACCGAGGCCUUUCUCUCAACUACAUCCGCUGUGUCCCCUCCCAAGCUGUGGCCUUCACCACCUAUGAGUUCAUGAAGCAGACCCUCCACCUGAACUAGCCGCUGUUUUUAAAACCGUCCAGCUCUGCAGACCCUGCGCCCGGGCCCGCACCGAGACAUUAAGCAGCUCAGCCUCAAUGCUUCUUCACAGAGUGAUCCGAGACUCGCCCGCUACGGCUUAAACUCUUCAUAGUGGGCUUUGCCUUUUUCCUUGAGUUCACUGAAGGCACCAGGGAAGUCACUUAAUGCCGACGAAGGAAAUCGGAUAUCAAACAUUAAGGUAUUCUGUGUCUGUCCUGUUCCAGGCCCUCUUACUUCCUGUGACUUGCCGGCUCUUAAGAGUUGAUUAACUCAACCACACGACAAGUGGCUUGAUUUUGGUUUGGACGGCUUGAGGCUGUGAUUUGCUCUUCAACAAUGUUGCAGACAACACAGAAGCAUCCCUCUGAUUGUGUAGCAGCCCCCUCCUCAUUCAGACAUCAGCAACACACACACACACACACACACACACACACACACACACACACACACACACACACACACACACACACACACACACACACACACACACACACACACACACACACACACACACACACACACACACACACACACACACACACAGAGAUCUCUCUUUCUAAUUUAACCAUCAUCAUUUCCAUCGGUUUCACCUCACCCCAAAGUUUAGCUAUGUAUUUAUUGAAAUAGUAAACACUUCAGUUCUAAAGCUACACGUUGUCUUUAUUGUUUAAUGUGUCUUCAUUUUUACGGACUUGGCUAUUGUUGAAAGGUUGCUAUAAUCAUAAAUAAUAAUAGUGACAGUAAUUAUAUUCAGAUGUGUCAUAAUGUUUUGGGUAUUUGUGGUUUGCUAUAUUUUAGAAUUUGAGAUAGCUGUAACGUUUGGAGAAGAUGAAUAUAAAACACGAGCUUCAGGGUUAAAGAUGUGAAAGAAGCAGUGUCCUGUGUUGCACAUGAUUUCAGUUUUUAUUCUCGAGGCAACUUCCCUUUUAUUUGCCAAACAUUGCAUUGGGCACGAACUGUAAGUGUUUUACUUUGCUGCUCUCCGACAUUUAGUGUGUAGCUGUGAUCAGAAUGAGUUGUUUGAGAGUGUUUCAGAUGUUUUGACGUGGAUGUAGCUCCGACAUGUCUGGAGGGAUCUCAGGAGAAAUUUGCCCUUCACGACUAUAGCUUUUUCUUUGUGUAUUUAUUCAUUGGGGACUUGUUGCCACCGGGUGGCAGUAUUGAAUAUAGAUUGAAUUGUUUACCAUCAGAGCUGAUAGAACACUCACACAUAUUUCACUCUUCUCUUAUCAAAUACACUUUAGGCUCUUUGAGAUUCAUUUUCAGUUUUUUUGGUUUUGCUUAACCAAAGAAGGUUGUCAGAUAUUGAACAUAACAUUUGCAGCGAAAACACUGUUUGCAUUUAGGAAGGCUGAACAUUAACUGAAUGAGAGUGUUGUGUAUUCACAUCACUUUGCUGAACAAGCAGCCUCAUUUUUUGAGCCUCUUGCCUUCUUCUGCGUUAACCUCUUACUAUGCCGGAGUGUUUGAGGUUGAGUUUAUCCUCAUACUUCAGUUGCUGCUUCAGCCUUCAGAUGGCUGUAUAGUGUAGAUGCCUUAGAACUGUGGUUUCCAACCUGUAUGGCCUGUGUCGUUAUUAACACACCAUUCAUACACUAUCUGCACAACCUUCAGGGACAAUUUGGAGUUCCGCAUACAGACUGGGGACCUGUGGAUUGAACCGACCACCUCGUGGUUAGUGGACGACCCACUCUCUCCCCUGAGCCACAGCAGCUCAAAUGGUCAGUUUAGUUGCUGUUCAACCAUAUUGUGACUACUCAGUUAUCAUUGUGUGACCCAUUGAAAGGGGUCGAGACCUCCAGGUGGGAGAAACCACUACCUUAGAUCAUACAAAUACAAAUUGAAUUCACACAGACAUACCGCGAGAGGUUUGGUGUGAAAAAGGCUUCAGGCCCUCCUCAGUCCAAAGGCAACUCAUCAACCUGCUUUAAAAAAACAACCAACAUCUGAUCCUGAUAAACUUAAGAGAAGAAUAAGAAAUCAAGCAGUUAAAAAAAACAUACUCACAUUUUGAUGCAACUGGCACGAAUGACCUUUCAAACCAUUCAAAUGAAAAUGUCCAUUGCAGACGUAUGUAACUGUAGCAUUAGGACUGCAGCAUACGACUAUGCUCUCCACCUGUCUGAGCCUAGGAGAUCAUUACUUUUGUGUGAGUGCUGUAAACACCAGCUUCCACUCACUGUUCAUCCAUUUCUGUGUUUGGUUUCAAAUACAUGGUCUUUCAUUGUAAUUGUCAUUUUACACAUCCGUAUCAGACCAGCUCCGUUCCUGAUGCUUCACUGUAAACAGAUUGUUUUAUAAGACGAGGGAUGUUCAAUACAAUCACACGUAGAAAUGUACAUCAUUUCGCUGUACAGCUUCAUUUUCUGUUUGAUAAAAUGCCAGUUUUUGUUUCAGUGACUUGACAUGUGUAAAAACGACUUCAAGCCUUGCAUCUUUAUUUUGUCUAUGUAUAUGAGAAUGAUCUUACCGUCCUUUUUUUUUACUGAACGAGAAGGUGCAGUCACCUGGAUUUUAGAAAAUAAUAUCCGAGAGAAAAACAUAGUGAUGCAUUUCACACUUUGUGUCUCAAACCCCUGUUAAUGUCGGUGGACUCUAAAACCACUAACGGACGAUAAAGCAUUUGCAUUAAUUUCACUGCAGCUGGAAAAUACUACCUGUUGUUGUCUGAUGUCACACACAGAUUUGACUGGUAAAUGUGAUGUGUAAAAAAAGCAAAACAAUGUACGUACAAAUGUUCUUUGAUGAAUUUCAUCACCGCAUCAUCUGUGAAAUACAGGCAACCCGAAUGAAAA